AUGAAAAUUAGCCCCUGCCCAGGACACAGGGACAGAGACUGGAGGCCUGGACGCUGGGCACUGCCGAUCUUGCUCACCCUCUUCUUGACGCUGGGUCACCUCCUCUCUCUUCUUCCAAAAGCCGGUGGUUCCGAGGCAAUGCAGAUGCCAAUUUCAGAGCUCCGGUUAGUCAACGGGCGCAGCCGCUGUCAGGGCCGCGUGGAGAUCUUCCACAACAACACCUGGGGCACCGUGUGUGAUGAUGACUGGGACAUUGUGGACGCCAAUGUGGUGUGCCGCCAGCUGGGCUGCGGCCACGCCAUCGCCAUGCCGGCCACCCUCUCCUUCGGCCAGGGGCGUGGGCCCAUCUUCCUGGACAACGUGGACUGCAAAGGCCGAGAGGCAGCCCUCAGCGAGUGUGGCAGCCACGGGUGGGGCAUCCACAACUGCUACCACUACGAGGACGUGGCCGUCACCUGUAACGAGUUGAUGCCCACCCAAGCAGCAAGAGGCCCCACCAGCCACAUGGCGACUGCCUCCUUGCAAAAUGGAAAAAGGGACGGGAGCGUUCGGUUGGUGAGCGGCGCCAACCCGUGCCAAGGCCGGGUGGAAAUCUUCUACAAAGGCAAGUGGGGCACAGUCUGUGACGACGACUGGGGGCUGAGCGACGCCAGUGUGGUCUGCAAGCAGAUGGGCUGCGGCCACGCCGUGGACUACAGGACGAACGCCUACUUUGGCUACGGGACGGGGCGCAUCCUCCUGGAUAACGUGAACUGUGACGGGAGCGAGCCUCACCUCUCUGCUUGCUACAGCCUAGGCUGGGGCAUCCACAACUGCGGCCACCACGAGGAUGCCGGGGUCAUCUGCUCAGGACUUGGGAUGACGACCGUCACGCCUCUCACCACCUUGGUGGUCGACAACUCGGAGGAGUCGUUCACCGACACGGCCACAGUCACUGAUGGCGGGGAUCAGCCACCCUCCCCAGAGACUGAGAUGGUGACCACAGCCCUUCUUCUCCUGGAAAAAACCAGUGGCGGCAUCCGACUGGCCAAUGGAAACAGCAGCUGCCAGGGCCGUGUCGAGGUCCUUUUUGGGGACGCCUGGGGCACCGUUUGCGACGACGACUGGGAUUUCCCCAACGCCCAGGUGGUCUGCCGGCAGGUUGGCUGCGGCUCGGCCAGCGUGGCCACCGUCCUGGGCUACUUUGGCUACGGCACCGGCCCCAUCCUUCUGGACAACGUGGAUUGUGCGGGCACAGAAACCGACCUGGCAGACUGCUUCCACCUGGGCUGGGGGCAGCACAAUUGUGGGCACCACGAAGAUGCCGGCGUCAUUUGCAGAGGCGCAGAAGAAUCCGGAGACGGUUUCCAAGAAGACACGUCGGCCACCACAAGCUCGACCACCACUCGUCCUAAGGAUGGCUUUCUGCGUCUCGUCAAUGGUAGCCAUCGCUGUGAAGGCCGUGUGGAGAUGUUCUACCUGUCGCAGUGGGGGACAGUGUGUGAUGACGCGUGGGAUCUCAAGGACGUGAAGGUGGUGUGUCGUCAGCUCGGCUGUGGAGGCGCCCUAGCCGCCUCGGGAGAAGCCCGGUAUGGCCAGGGCACCGGCUACAUUUUCCUCGACAACCUCAAGUGCAAGGGUAAUGAGGCCUCUCUCCUGCGCUGCUCCCACAUCCGCUGGAACGUGCACAACUGCGAUCACUCAGAAGACGCAGGUGCCCUCUGCCACUUGCUAUGAUGCUGUGGAAGGUACAGUCUGGGCGGCGGGUCGACCUCCUGCAGGCACUGAGAGUAGCAGAAGGUGCUCCUGGGCUCCUCAGAAUUCUGCUUCCUUGGCGUGCUUGCUUCCCUACUUCUGUGUCAAGUUUCUAGUCCUUGUGAAGGCAAGGGAUGGUUGGGAAGUGGCAGAUGAAAACAGAGGAAUAUGUGGCUCUAAAAGGGGAAUGGGGAAGCUGGUGGAGAAGGAAGGAACUGUCAACAGACUUUAGCUAUGACAGCUUAAUGGGAACCUCCAUUUUCAAAGGCAGUAUACCUUGACCACUAGCUGCUGGGGGGCAACAGCAAAGGAGGGCCUUUUCGACAGUCAAUUGCUGUUGGACAAGAACAUAAGGAGAGGCCUGCUAGAUCAGUCCAGUGUCUCGUUCCCUGCAGUGGCCAGCCAGAUGCCUCUGGGAAGCCCUCAAGUGGGUGUGAAGUCAGAAACGCUCUCCUACUGUUGCUUCCCUGCAACUGGGGUUCAGUGGUAUACUGCCUUUGAACCUGGAGGUUCCAGUUAUCUGUCAUGACCACUGAUAGACCUCUCUUCCUCCGUAACCUUAUCUAAUCACCUUUUAAAAGCACCUCAGCUAACAGCCAUUAUCUUGUAGCAAUGA